AAGUUGGCAAAUUUUUGACAGCAAAUAGAAGAAGAUUAACCUCAAAUCCGAGAAUUUUAUUUUGCUUAAUAACAUUUAAAUAAAUGAAUACUUUAACACAAAAUUGUGGACGUUUCGUCCACCACUCAUUGCUUUCAAGUUUAUUAAGCAGAACAGUAGCCUACAAAAGUGCACUAUCCUUGGAAAAUUUGUACCCCAAUAGCAGUGCAAAAUUGAUUACGCCCGCGAAACCCCCUGUGGAUCCAAAAGAAAAAUUUAGUGGCUUUAUUCCAAUCGAAGAGUUAGAUAUAACUUACAGCCGUAGUUCGGGGCCUGGUGGUCAAAAUGUGAAUAAAGUCAACACAAAAGUUGAUGUUAGGUUUAAAAUUGAGUCUGCCAAAUGGAUAAAUGACGACAUAAAACCGAAAUUAUUAGAAAAAUUUAAAGAAAAAAUCACCAAAGAAGGUUACCUAGUCUUCCGCUCUGAUCUAACGAGAUCACAGCAAUUGAAUUUGGCAGAUUGUUUGGAGAAAAUCCGGUGUUCCAUAAGGAAUUCAUUGUAUGAGAAGCCAGAACCCACUCCAGAAACUGAGGAAAAAAUUAGGAGAAGAUUUGAAAGAGCAGCUCGGGAACGUUUAGCAAUAAAAAGACAGAGAUCAGAUGUUAAAAGUAGCAGACAAGCUCCAAGUGUAGAAAUGUAAAUAAAAUUUAGUAUUUUUAAUGUUAA